AUGAGUUCUAAAGUUCCAAAUGUAUAGUUAAUUAAUCAAUGCAAUGAAAUAUCCUCAAUAAAAGGGAAUUGUAUAUUAUCAAAUAUAUCUUAGUAGAAUUUAAGUCAAUGUCAUCAAAUAAUACACAUUUUGGUACUUUGACUAAUGAUAAUGAAGUAAUAUUUGAGUGGAAGAAUGAAAUGAAUUAAUAAAUUGGCUUAUCUGUGUCAUUUGAUUCAGCGUUAAAUUGUUAUAAUAUCCUUUUGCCUCAAGAUUUUUCUAUUAUUAUAGAUUGCUAUUAUAAUAAUGAAUUCUUAUUAAUUCAACUUUCUGAUGAAUUAUCAAAAAUUGCUUAUUCAAUAGAAUCUAUUCAACCUACUUAAACUAAAAUAAAAUCAAUUAUAAAAGGAACAAAUGCUUUUAUUUAUAUGCCUAAUAUGAUACGAAUUAUUCAAUACUUUCACUAUUUUCAUCAGCUUUUGUAAUUAAAGUAGUUUAAAUAAUUAAUUUGUCGAUUUCGAUGUCACUAUUGCAAUAAGCCCUAAUAUUUAUGUGAUAACAUCUAUUAGAUGUUCUAAUUAUCUAUAUCUCCAGAUGCUCAAAUUUAUUAAAAAACUAAUUUAACCUAUUCAGAUUCAUAUUCUUUUAGAACUGUUAAUGUUUAUUAUAAUUAUUGGAGUUAUUCUUAAGUUGAUUCAAUUUCUUAAUAAUAUAUAUUUCAAGACGAUGGUAGAAUAUCUUUUCUAAGGAUUUGA